UUCUAAUUUCUUUAUUAAAAAUAUUUAGUUUGUAGUGUACUGUGUGUUAUUAUAGUGUCGGCGUUUCUAUCACUACUUAUAAACAAUAAAAUUUUGAUAUAGGACAGCGCAGGAAAUAAAUUAGUCAUGGACGAACAUCGCACUGGGGAGGAGACCCCGAUGUCUCAGAGGCUCACAAACGAGGAUUUCAGGAAACUCCUUAUGACUCCGAGGGCUACGCCUGCAGCUGGCGCCCACCCCGCUGGCUCUGUGCGCGAGGCCAUGGCCAAUGCUGGUUCGAUGCCACCACCAACAGAAAAUAAGAGUGAGCUUCGGCGCAAGAAAAAGUCGUACUAUGCUGCCUUAAAGAAACAGGAAGAUAACAAGUUGGCUGAGUUAGCGGAGAAGUACAGAGACAGAGCUAGAGAGAGAAGAGACGGGUCCAAUGAUAUUGGGCCUACUGACCCUACUAGCAAUACCAGCAGUGCUUACAGAGCCGUAGCACCAGAUGUUAAAUCAGGAAUGGAUGCCAAGGAAAGAAGAAGACAACUUAUUCAGGAAUCCAAAUAUCUUGGUGGUGACAUGGAACAUACUCACUUGGUGAAAGGUCUUGAUUAUGCUCUAUUGCAAAAGGUGCGUUCAGAGAUCCAAACGCGUGAGCAAGAGCAGGAGGAAGAGAUGGAGCGGCUUGUGUCGGAGCCGCCAGUGGAGGCAGUCAAGGAGAAGAAGGAAGUCGCCCCGCAGGAAGAAGAGAUCCAAUUCAAAACACAGAUGGGAAAAAAUAUUUACAACAUGGUCAUGGAUCAGAAAAACAAGAAGGUGACCCGCAAUGAGUUGUUCGCGCCGGGCCGAAUGGCGUAUGUGGUGGAACUUGAUGAAGAAGGAACUAUAGACAGCGACAUACCUACAACGCUGACGCGCAGCAAGGCCGACGUGCCCGAGCCGGACGAGCGCAGCUCGGCCGCCAGCGCCAACGACGUCGUGCUAGAGAAGCUCACGCAGAUAUUCAGCUACCUGCGCCACGGGCGACACAGAAAACUCAAGAAGACUAAGGACAAGAACGCAGAAAAGGGUCGCAACGAGGAUACGAUUUAUGGCGACAUUGGCGACUAUGUCGCCGGCGAGCGACGUGAGCGGGAGAGACGGGACGAGCGGCCGAGGACGGGGUACUUCGACAAACCCGUCGAGCAGGAUAAAGAGGAAGGAGUCGGUCCGCUGCCGAGUCGCACUGGCGGCCCCAACCCCUCAGAGCGCGACAAGCGCUCCGCGGCGCUGCUGUCGCGGCUCGCGGCGGAGCCCGAGGGCUACGCCGAGUGCUACCCGGGCCUGCGCGAGAUGGACGACGCCAUCGAUGACUCGGACGACGAGGUGGACUACACCAAGAUGGACGCCGGCAACAAGAAGGGGCCUAUAGGGCGAUGGGACUUCGACACGCAAGAAGAGUAUUCCGCCUACAUGAGCAGCAAGGAGGCGCUGCCGAAAGCGGCCUUCCAAUACGGCGUGAAGACACAGGACGGCCGGAAGACAAGGAAGACCAAGGAUAAGAGCGAGAAGGCAGAGCUCGACAGAGAGUGGCAACAGAUUCAAAAUAUAAUCCAAAAACGCAAGGCGCCUGCAACAGGAGACGAGCCAGGAUACAAGACCCCGAAAUACUAGCAAAGGUUACUGAUUUUACUUAUAACCGUAGUUUGGAAUUAUACAGUCAUAAAUAUUUGCUUCUUUGCCCAAAAUAGUGUAAACCCUUGUGUAUGCCAAAUUAUGUUUAGCAGUUUAUGACCUUAUAAAUAUAGGCUUAAAGUUUAAAAUGAUUAGGUGCACUGAGCUAAGAAACAUAUAAGAAGACAUCUUGUUAUAUUUACAAUUAUUUUCCAUCGUAUUUUCUCGGAAAGGUUCGUAUUUGUCAUGCUACUACUUCAGUCAACGUCAAUACCUUUUGUACCGAGACUGACUGAAAUAGCAAGACACGUUCGUACGUUUCCGUGAAAAUACUAUGGAAAAUAAUUACGCACCACCACUGUAUCUACAUAUGCUUAGUUUUUUGUAUAUUCAGUAGGUAGGUGUAGGCAAAUGGAAUAUGGAUGCUUGAUAACGAUAAUAGGGCCAGUCUUUAUUUUGUAGUCGAAUUCUUUUUCGUCAGAUUUUUAUAAAAUAUGGUGGAUAAAUAGAGUUCCCUGUUCUAUACAAUGUAUGUAUGUCCUGAAAAAUCUUUCUGAGUUACGAAAACGUACCUAUGGCAUUUUCGUGACUCAACGGAAAAUUAGAUUUUUUCGGGACUAGUUUUGAUUUUAUAUUUAUUCCGCUCAGAAUGAGAAGCCAGACAUAUAGGUGUUGCUGAUUUAUGAGUAUUAAAUAAAAGUAAUGUUACAUUUUAACCGCAUUGUUUUAGUGAAUUCGUUAGUAACUUGGUACAUGACAAUAAGAAUGGUGGCUUGAGAAAUCUCAAUAAGGUUCUUGCAAUUAGGGCCACACUACUAACAGAAAAAGUACAUAUACUUGAAAAAAAUCGACCUAUGCCGCCGUGGCCCGGUGGCCGAAUGGCAUAGGUACCUGCCGCGAUAGCAGAGGACGCUGGUUCGAUUCCAGCCUGGGGGUACUGGAGGCCUUGGUCACUUUUUCUUAAUAUAAGACAUUUAUUUCAGAUUAUAAUUUAGCUACGUUGUUACCAAGUUGUACGAGUACAUGAGUAGGUACAGUUUACUUUUAAUGGAGUUGGCCGGUCGAAGUACAGAUGGCGCCAGCAUAGCUUGCCCUGUCAAUCCCUAAAUUUUGUCAAAUUCUUUUUUAUUUUUAUUUUAUGGCCUGGAUGCCAGCCAUUUAAGACAAAUCUCAUAGAACAAAAUUAGAGAAAGGGGCAAGCUAUGAUGGCGCUAUCUACGCGAACCCUUGACAGUUGCCAACUCCAUUGCAAUUUAAACGCGUUACUAUGAGUGCGCACUGUGUAAAAUAAUAAUAAUAUUCAAAUAGGAACAUAAUAACACACACCCACAAAGAACACUAAAGUUACAAGCUUGCCCCGAAAAUCAUAACUCUGUUGGAUUAGAUGUUACAAUGAUUUAACUAAAUAUUCUGUAAAAUAUAUUUCGUGACAUGAAAGUUUCGUACAGGUUCUGUAUAAAAAUAAUAUCCCUUAACAUUAUUUGAGAGGUAUAAGUAGUAUAAGUACCCCUUGUAUUAAACUACCUCUGUAACUGUUUGUAAUAUCUCAUUUUCUCUGUAUAAUAAAACAUAUACACAUAUGAGUUCUAGUGUACACUUGUUUUGGACUCUUAUUUUUUAAUGUGCGACCAAGUACGCAUAAAUAUUUGUGUGCAAAAACUGAGAAAAUGUAAUAAUACAUUAUUUGAUUUUGGUGUAAAUAUAGUAUAAUUUUCCUAAUAAAUAACUUUAAGAUGCAAUUCGCGUGCUUAUUUAUGUUGUACUGUUAUGUAAGCUUUUACAGAAACCUUAAGAACUGAAUGAAUUUAUAAAUUUUGCCCUC